UGACAUUAUAUAAAGAGCUAGUAAUGGCAGCUAUUGUUCUGCAGUAACCAGAAGCCUAAUUCUCUCAAGCAACAUUCUUUUCGGUGUUAGAGAAUAUGAAGCAAAAGAUAGUUAUUAAAGUGUCGAUGCAUUGCAGAAAAUGUCGAAAAAAGGCAUUACAGGUAGCUGCUGUUGCAUAUGGGGUGACAUCGGUGGCAUUACAUGGACCGGAAAAGGAUAAGCUGAUGAUAUUGGGUGAUGGGGUUGAUGCGGCAUGCUUGACCGAGGCAUUGAGGAAGAAGCUUUGUCAUGCAAGCAUUGAGAUAGUUGAACAAGUGAAAGAUCCCGAACCAUCCAAACCAGAAAAAUCUACUAAGCCGCCGAUUAUAUACCAUCAACCACCCCAGGUUGAAUAUUACAGAGUGGUGCCCGAUCCAAGUCCACCUCCUUGUACUAUUAUGUGA